AUGGGUCCUAAUCCGGACCGUAUUACGUCUGGGCGUCUGUACACCCCGUUGCGUCCUGUGAGCCCAGCAGAGGACGACGACAUAGAUCUACUCUCUCGUGAUUUUGCUGCUGCUGCUGCUGCUGAUCCUGGUAGUCUACCUUCUGCAGAUGCAGCAGCAGCAGCAGCAGCAGAAGCAGCAGCAGCUGCUGCAGGUGGUUAUACCCCUCUUAGUUCAAGAAGUCUAGGUUCUUCACGUUUACCAUUAACCCCACAUCAGCAGCAGCAGCAGCAACAGCAGCAGCAACAACAGCAACAGCAACAGCAGCAAGAGGAGCAGCAGCAGGAUACAUUUCGUGGUAUAAGCAGCAGCAGCAGCAGCAGCAACAAAGGGGUGUCUCCUUUUGAGAUAGGGACACCUAUAGGUCGUGUCUCUGGUAAUACAACAGAGAGAGCUGUAGAGACAGUAGAGGGAGGAGUAAGAUUUGUUAUGGCCCCGUCUGCUGCUGCUGCUUCUUCUGCUGCUGCUGCAGCAGCAGGAGCAGCAGGAGGAGGAGGUGGUGGUCGUGGUGUAUCAGCAGCAUCAUCAACAGAUGGAGGUGUCUCCUCUUUCCGUGUAGGGAGAGACUAUGAUGAGGAGACACCUAACCCUAUAUUAAAGAGCAGCAGCAGCAGCAGCAGCAGCAGAUCAGCUGCAACAACAGCAGCAACAGCAGCAGGACCACGAGGAGGAGGAGGAGGAGGUGGAGGAGGAGGAGAGGGACAAUUAGGGACAGAUUUUAUGAAGAAUGUACCCCAAGCAGCAGGUAUACCCCAGCAUGCAACAAAAGGUGGUUAUAGGUGGGGUUGUUUUAUAGUAUUAUUAUCUUUAUUAUUAUUUGCAUGCGCUUGGGGCUGGCAUAAGCUACAGGGGUGUAUAUACACCCAAGAGGUGACCCUACAAGAAGGAGGAGACCUAACAAUAGAUAUAAAGAAUUGUAGUCUUAAGUUUCUCCCCUUAGGGGGAGAAGGAGACACCAAUAAUAAUAAUACAAGCAGCAGCAGCAGCAGCAGCAGCAGCAGUAGCAGCAGCAAUAAAGGGAGUAGCUUCUUGAGGGUGCGUGCAUGGCUGCAGCAGAGGUCUCCUGCACAGAGACACUUACCAGUAAUAAGAAAAGGGACAAAAGGAGACACUUAUGUUUUAUUACAUUUAUUAGAAUUAAAUGAUUGGUAUACAUGCAGUGUUGAGGUGUACAUACACCCCAAUUAUAGAUUUGGUAGUUUAGGUGUAUACGGAGCUCCUGCAGAUAGAUAUUUACCUAUAUCCUCCUCUAUAGAUAUAAAAGGAGACAGUGUCUCCUUUAAUUGUUAUCAUGCAUAUAUAAGACUACAAUCUAUAGAGGCAGCAGCAAUAAAAUUUAUACUUAAUGCAGGUUUGCUGCUGCUGCGUCUUGAUGGUCGUGCUGCUGCAUACGGAUCGUCUCCUGUCUCCUUUAUUACUAAGACAGCACAAAUAGAUCUAACUUCCUUGUAUCCCCUUAAGGUAAUAAUGCCUAAGGAGACAGCAGCAGCAAGUCUAUUCCGUGCAACAGGAAGUGUCUCCGUUUCUUUAUCUCCUCCAUCAGCAGAAUCUACAGCAGCAGCAGCAGCAACAGCAGCAGCAGCAGGUGCAGAUCCAUCAUUAGCAGCAGCAGCAGCAGGAGAAGGACAAGCAACUAUAUUGCUGCACCCUGCAGAUGUCUCCUCCUUAUUUGCUUCCUUAUUAAGUAUAAGAAUAGAGAUAGAGGCAGAGGACUCAAGUGUCUCCAUUGUCUCUCGUGGGGAGAAAGAGGACAUGCAAGCCCCAAUGCAUGCAUGGGCAGGUUGGCAGCAGCAGAAAAAGCCCCAUCUAGAUUCUUAUUCAAUGCAACAAGUACAGGGGGCCCUACAAACCCUUAAGGAGGAUCCUGCUGCCCCAUGGGUACUACUUAUUGAGCAACCUAGAUUGCUGCGUCUCCCUAUACAGAUAAGGGGACUAUUCUGUAGAUUAAAUAUAGAUAGGAGACAAGGAGACACUUUGCCGGAUAUUGUCUCCUCAUCAGAGGAUAAUCUUAUUCAAUCUUUUAUUCAUUGGUUGUCUCCUAAGGAGACAACUGUCUCUGUUGCUAAUAAAAUUCAAGGAUUUCUUGCUGCUGCUGCUGCACCAAGCCAGCAGGAGGACGACCAACAACGGGAAACAGGGCAACACCUACAGGAAGGGGACGGACAGGGGGAAGGGCAGCAGCAACAACAGCAACAACAGCAGCAACAGAUACAGGGAGGAGACGGGGAAAAGGAGGUUAUAGAUACAGAAAUCCUGCAGCAGCAGCAACAAAAUGAUGCUGCUGCUGCUGCUGCUGCUGCUGCUGCAGGAAAAGACACAACAACUUCUGAUGAUUAUAAGACAUCGUUAUUAUCAUCAAUAUUGCCUCGUCGUUUAUCAUCAGAUGCUGAUACUUUUGCUGCUUCUGCUGCUGCUGCUGCUGCAGCAGCAGCAGCAGGAGGCAACAACAGCAGCAACAGCAGCAGCAACAGCAGCAGCAGCAGCACAAGUGUCUCCUCAAUAGGUUACGAGAUACAUGGUCCUUUGUAG